UAUAACCAACGGAAGAAAAGAAACUAGCCGGUCAAUGAAUUACCAAGGUCAUAACAAUAACAAUAAUCAAAAUCCUAAUCUUGAUAACCGUAUUAAUAAUGGUUAUUCUACUCCUCCUUCUAAUGGACAAUCAAACAUUAUUCCUCAAUACGCUUCUGUCAAUAGUAAUCCGAUUGACGGUAAUCUAGUAGGUGUUGUCGACAACAAUAAUUAUUUAGAUGACCAUGUAAUUAGUCCCAUAGUUGAUACUCGUAUCAAUCUGGCCAACCAUCAUAGCUCAGCUAUUAAUAAUUUCAUUGGUCAAAAUACCCAGCAUCGAAAUUCUGUCGACA